AUGGGACACGCACUCUACCGGCUGAGAGCACUCGAGAAAGAAAGGCAGCGGAAGAAAGCUCACCUCCGAGCCGAACUGGAAGAAAUUGAGCUGAUAAUGGAAGAGCACAAAAGGUUGGAAAAGGAACUGAGAAAGUUGGAAGAGCAGCGCAAGGUAAAUAAGGCACCUCUCCGAGGUACACUUUUACGCACUUACAUCUUCCAGAUACUGACCAGAUUAGUGAUGGAAAUUGGUUUUAUGGUAGGUCAAUAUCUUCUGUACGGUUUUGGACUUGAUCCUCUCUACAAGUGCAUACGAUCGCCUUGCCCCAAUACUGUGGAUUGUUUCGUUUCCAGGCCCACAGAAAAGACUAUUUUUAUCGUCUUCAUGCUCAGCAUAGCCGCCAUCUCCUUGUUUUUGAAUAUACUUGAAAUCAUUCACUUAGGAAUCAGAAAGAUCAAACAGGGGCUUUACCUGGAGUCAGAGUUGAGCAUCUACAAAUCGAAGAAGAGUUCAGUUGUGCAGCAAGUUUGCAUUCUGACUAAUUCCUCACCUCACAAACUUGUCCCAAUGGCCCUAAGUGGUUAUAAGCUUUUACCAGAACAGCAGGGGGAUACUGGAAACCCUCGUAUGUUGCUGACUCCGACUUCGCUUAAUGUAAUUAAAGAACCAACUGAUCAGGCCGGAAGAGACCAAUUUCAACAAGACCUGGAACAACACACAAGAUGGCGUCAUGAUGAGCAUAUUGGCGAGCGCUCAAAUCAAAUGAAACGCACCCAUCACACUUUAGAGAUUCAAAAUCACUCAGCCAGUGGUGUUAAUGCCUCUAAAAAGCCCCAACAGAAUGACGUUAGUUCAAAAGCCAGCCAUAGUAUUGAUAGCGUAUUGGAACAAACUAAACUAACAACAUACCCUCCUAGUCAAAUGGAAAUCUCAGCCCCCUCCUAUAAUACUCUCCGCAAACAGAGUCGAGUCAGUUCUUACAAAGACUAUCCAGAAGAUUCUACUGAUGCUCAAGAUUGCAGUCAGCUUUCCACUGUCAGGAAGAUCAGCUGCACUGGGUCUAAAUCAAAAAUGAUUUCUGAAAGCGCAUUGGCCAGCCGACCUGAAAGUCCAGAUUCCACAAAUGUCUCUAGUUCUGAGUCAAAAUAUAAAGAAGAGAGUCCACCUGUUACCCAUGCUUCUUCAGGACGCAGAAUGUCAAUGGGCAUGCUUCUAGAGCUUUCUUCCAUCAUGAAAAAGUGAGGCGAUGACAAUCCAUAAGAAAUGUGUUGUAAUUUAU